AUGCUUCUAUUUUGUGCUCCGAACAUUGUUCUAGAUUUUCUCGUGAGGAAGGUCACGGGAAUGCCUGAGGAGGCAGCUAAAGUUACCACAAGCUUUUUGAGAAGUAAGAAUGGUAUUUGGCAGGCUUUAUACCUCGCACGUGAUGAAAUGAGUACUAUAACGGAAGAUAAAUGGGAUUCGGAGAUAUGGGGUGUUGAGCAUUCUGAAUUGUCUCCAUCCAGCAUUUCUCCGCCUAAGCUAUUAUUUUAUUUUGGAGAAAAUGAUCACUGGGUAGCAUCUCAUACUCGCGAUGCACUAAUUGCUGCACGAGCUUCGUCCCAGUCAACGCCAGCCUCCUCCACCUCUUUGGUUUCUAUCAAUGCAUCAAAUAAGCCAAUCAUGAUGAUUGAUAAGGAGGGAAUUGACCAUGGGUUUUGUAUCAAUCACAGUGAAAUGAUGGCAACGAAAGUGAAUGAUUGGAUAGAGAAAAUAAUUGGAGGGCAUAACGAGGAUGCAGUUUGGUCUGCAGACAACGUCCCAAGAUGA